AUGAUUACAUACUGUAACUCAUUCUCUUUGGACCCUAACAUCUAUAGUGAUUUGGUGGCAAGAUAUUCGGCAAAGACUCUAAACUUCCCAAUCAAAAGAAUUGACUGCAUUACUAUGGAUGGUUCAAUGGCUAAAGGUGAAGGAACUCCUUGUACAUUCACGGCAGCAUUUACUCCAUUAUAUGUGAACACCAUUUAUACACUAUUUAAGAAAACACCUAAUUAUAACACUACCUAUGAAAAUCCAUUGUUUGAACAAAUUCAAUUGAACUGUGGAGCAUAUGGUAACAUACCCGCUGAGGCUCAAGCAUCUAAUGAUCCAAUCUUCUAUGAGAUGCAGGCAAAUGCCACUAACAAUAAUAACGAUACUGUUGGCUUCAACUAUGAUGUCAUGAGGUCUAUCACAACCACAUCAGUCCCUCAAUUUGGAAUCGAGUCAAAUGACUUAGGUCAUUACCUAUGUGGAUUCCCUUGCGAAACUGAUUAUACAUUCCAACAGGGUCAGUUAUCUAAUUCACCUAUUACAUAUAAGCUUACAGUUAAGCCAACAGCAGAGUCUAUUAAAUAUACUGAGAAACCAGUGUUAUGCUUCUUACGUCACGUUUGCCUCUCCAUACAGAUUAAACCUGUGGGACCACCUAUCGUACUUCUCGACGAUUAUGAUUUAUCAGCCCCUGCUAGUGAAUAA